ACUGACUGGCCGCUCACCAGUCACCUGUCACAAGUGUGAAUGUAAAAUGUAAAUGAAUUCCAUAAUAUAAAUUUUUCAUUGUUUUAACUUCACACAUACAAUAAUUUAUUGUUUUUUUUUCGUUGCUCGUUUAAAAUCGCGAUUAUUUCAUUUAAAUAAAAGCAAAUAGUUACGUUUUGUAUAAUUUGAAUUUAAUGAUCAUCGUAAAACAAUAACCAUUUCAUUUUAUGUUGUUAAAUUAUAAUAUCUGAUACAAAGAUAGAUUCUUCAGCCUAUUAAUGCUAUUUAAGAUUAAAUUAUGAACUCCGAUUCAUUACAAGAAACUGUGAAGUGGGUUGCUUAUAAGAAUCCAGUGGUCACUAAUUCAGUUCAAGGGUUAAAUUCAAUGUUCAAUUGGUUUGGUUUAACAAGCGCAAGUGGCAAAAAACCAUUGAUUAACAUGGAGAGUCAAAAUUUAAUUCAAUUGAUUGGAAAAAACAUUUAUUUUUUUAAAAUUGCUGGUAUUUUAGGUGCAUCAGCAGUUGUCCUUGGAGCAUAUGGAGCUCAUGUAGUAUCACAUAAAGCUGGUCCAGAAGAAGCAAAAAACUAUGAGACUGGAAAUCGACUACAUUUUUUUCAUACGCUAGCUCUAUUUGCAGUUCCAUUUUGUCGAUUUCCUAGAGUGACUGGUGGACUUUUUAUUAGUGGCACGGUUUUGUUUUGUGGUGCGUGCUAUUAUAAUGGUUUAACUGGAGAUAAAUCAUACAAUAAAUUUGCUCCUACAGGAGGAAUGUUAUUGAUAACAGCUUGGUUGUCAAUGCUUCUUUAGAAAUAAAAAUAACUAUCUUAUAAGAAAUUAGUUUGUACCUAAUAUUCCAAUAUAAUAUAUUAUUUUUUCUGACACAUUUUAUGGAACAAAGUUUUUUAAGAUCUUUUGCUUAUUUUGUUUACUAUUUAGUAAGGUAACAAAACCGUCAUCAAAUAGAGAUUGCAUGUUGUUGUCAAAAAAUAUAAAAAUAAAUAAAUGGAUAAUAUUAUAUA